UUGUUAUUGUUAUUGUUUCGUUGUAUUAAUUAAAAGUACAAUUUAUUGAAAUAAUUUAAUAUCAUCUUCCAACCAGUAAUGGAGGGUAACGAAGAACCUCCCGAUAUAGACGAAACAUCUAGAACAAGCAAUAAAGAUGCCCUCAAACGUGCGGGGGAGGAUCUCCCUAAGCAAUACAACAAAGUAUUCAUCUCCACCAAAGACAUAGCAAAAGUCGUAGACGGUGAAACAAGAUCGUACAGUAGACGUGAUUAUCUUAUCGCCCUAAACAAAAACAGGUACAAGCCUACCGACUCCGGACCUUUCUACGUGUUUGUCGAAAGCAUAGAUUUAAACGCCGGCAAUAUACAUCCUAUGAAAUUAGGAAAAAUUAUAUGGAACUCGAACACAAGAAUAUCUAAGCACAUACAGAACAUUUCGGUCUCAGGGCGAAAUAGACUAAAAAUCGAAACUGACAAUUAUGAAUCCGCAAACGCUCUCUGUUCUAACGAACUAUUUAAUGCUAACAACCUCUACCCAUACAUUUCCACCUUUUUUACACAAAAAAGAGGGAUUAUAAGAAAUGUCUCGACUGAUUUUUCCACAGACGAACUAAUAGCAGGCAUUAAAUCUCCAAUACCUGUAGUAAGUGUUAGGAGAUUCACCAAAAAAUCACAGGAUGAGAAUGGCCAAAUGAAGAUUUUCCAACUCAGUACCUGCCUAGUAACGUUUGAUUCGCAACAUCUCCCAGAAUUUAUUAAUAUCUUCGGCAUGCGGUGUAGGGUAGAUGCGUUCAUACCCCCCAUUAGGCAGUGUUUUAACUGUCUCAGAUACAACCAUACCAAAGAUCAGUGCAGAAGCCGGAACAGGUGCAUUAACUGCGGACAAUCCCACCCGGAAAGUGACUGCGAAGGCACAGAGCCCUUUUGCGCUCACUGCUCGGGAAAACACAAAUCGAAUGACAGAAACUGCCCUGUCUACAAAAAACUAGUUGAAGAAAACAAGAACAAAGCAAAAUCCAACGCUCUGUAUUCUACAACCGCUACGUCAAACAAGUUCAACCUUCUGCAGAAUUUGGAGGACUUCCCAGAAUUGCCUACAAGCAACCAAACCAUCAACUUAGGCAAUCCCUCACACCAAAAAACGAUACACCGAAAAUUUAAGUCCAGUAUACCACCCGUAAAGGUUACACCCACAGAUUCGACAAACCCGUCAUAUAGACAAGACAUCGGCAAGGAGACAGGCAAUGAACAACCCUGUGAACCCCCGUCUAAAAAGCGAUCGUACGACAAAAGACAUAUCACACCAUUCUCGAGGGAAGCUAGGCGAAGCACACAGUCAGUUUCAGAUAACUAUGUGUUGGAGUCCAUAUCAUCGCAAGUUCAAAAACUAGAUUCUGUAGUCUCAGCUUUGAGAACCAAACUUCCCGAAGAAAACUCCCCAUACAUCGCUGAUGUCUCCAACAUUGCUGUUUUCUUUAAGCAACUGCUUACGCAACUUAAAUGCGCGGAUGUUGUGCCGCAGAAAAAUCCAGCUAUAUAUGACUAAUAUGAACACUCAUAU